AUGGGUGAGCAUCUUGAAGACAGGGGAUUGUUAGAGGCCUACAGAAACCUUGAGUGCCCCCUCUCUCUUCCCCUCCUCCGCAUGCAGCAGCAAGGAUUUCCAUUGUUGCUGCACCCUUUGCAACAGUUGUUGAAUAGAGGGGCGCACUGCUUGCGACUUCUGCAGGAAGCAACAGUACGACUGCUAGGCCGUCCUUUUGUCAUCUCCGAUUGCCAGGCACUUAGAAAUGUGCUGCUGCAGACGCCGGAUGUAAUGCAGGUGUUGCUAGCGGAUGCUUGCGCUAGCAGCAGCGGCAGCGAGAACCGUGUGUCGCUGUCGUCUGUUCCUAAUGUGCUUCCGACACGUGAGAUUCCAUCUCUGCUGCGGCGAAUGCAAUCCCAGCAUCCGCUGCUAUGGGUUCUAUGCUGCUAUAGGACGCUGCAACCGUUGCAGCAUGCCAUUGCUGCAGUGGCCGCAGCUGCAGCGUCACCAGUUGCUGCUUCAAUAACUAUGAGACUCAGAGGUAUAAGAAUCAGUGGAAACGCAGGCUUUGCAGCUCCCGCGGAUACAGCAGCUCACUCCUUGAGGCACCACCCCCUGUGCUCAGCCUCGGAGCACCCUGAACCGCAGAAGCCACAGCAAGAAUGCAGUUCGACAAACAGAGGCUUCUUCCCUCGCAUCUACAUGUGCCAUGUCACGUCAGCAAUGCGGGGGUGGGAGGUUUCUCUGCGGCUUCCAGGAGCCGUCCAUCAUGCUGUUUCAGGUGUAACUGAGGCGGCACGAACGCGGCAUAUCCUCAAUAGCAUGCAGCAGCAAACGCUGCACGAGGAACUUCUGCUGCUGCAACACCGGCUGCAGCAGCCCACGCUAGAGAACGCAGCAAGACGCUCCAAGCCUUCUACAGACACGAUCUUGCAGCUGCUGCUGCACAGGGGAGAGCAGCAGUAUCACCACCAACAGCCGCAAGGAAAACAGCCUCCGCUGCCAGAGGGGCUCUCCGAAACAUGCUUGGAUGUUUACAUUCAUCCCACUGCAUUGCAACAUUUCAUGAGCAGCCGCCAGUGCAGCAGCGCUACAGGAACGUGUGGGAGUCAGAGUGGAAAGCUCCUAUGGAUUUUUCGCGGUGGACAGCGUGGCUCAGCUCCCCAAUCGGAAUGCGAAUAUCAGCAUUUGGGAGCUGGUGGCACUUCAAUCUCGUGGAUGGCUGCAGUUCAGCUGUACCCGGCACAGAUCGAAACGGCAGAAACGAGGCUAAUACCAGCCGCCACGGAUGGCGCGAGAACGCUGCUGCUACCUGCGUCUCUGCUCUUCCGAAUGGAAGCUCCUUUCAGGGUAGAGGGCUGGAUGUCAGGGAUUCAGCAACAGCAGCAACAGGAACAGCUCGCUGCGCUUCCACCAGUAGGUUUGCUUGACGUUCGGUCCGUCGUUGGCUCGGCAGAAGGCUUCGUCCUGGUGGCUGUAGAGUUGCAGCACAUCGAAUUGCGGGUAGUAGCCCACCUUUCGGGGUAUGCGCCACUGGUGAACCUGCUGCUGCAGAGCAGCAAGCGACCAGAAACAAUAGCACCAGACGGUGGAGUGGUCGAAAAGUCGGCAGCUGCAACCGCUGCAACAGAUGUACUGGAUAAGCUGAAUGUGGAGCUGCUGCGGCUGUUAAAGGACGGGCGAGUGCGUGUUGUGCGAGUUGUACGAGCAGCAAAAUGGCCUCCAGGAAGGGCACCUGCAACUGUUAGCGCAUGCAUUGAGGGCUUGGAUAUCCCGUUGCGAAGGCAGUCUGUAAAGGCAUCCUCGAUAGAAGUAACAAAGGCUGCCCUGUUGGCUGUUUGUAACUCCCUUCUCGAUGCCCAAGACCGACACAAGCUCCUCCAGAAACAGGAGCAGCUCCUUGAAGCGCAAGGAGAGCAUAGCUGCUGCCGUUCCCUAUCCCGUGAGACGCCCGCAUGUUUGCCUCUUCUGCUACUGCGCGACGGCUUCCUCGUAGAAGCCACAGCCGAUGGUCUCGAGGCCGUUCUGUAA